AUGGUCAUCGAUAUUAGCAAAGAUCUCUCGGCACUCUUCAAGCAACAGGUGCAGGCCACACCGAAUGGUGUUGCAUUGGAGGACGUCACCACCACCUACACCUAUGCCGAGUUAGAUAAAGAAGUCGACACUCUUGCGACUCGACUGCGAUCAUAUGGAGUGAGUCGGGAUAUUCAGGUCGGAGUGCUCCUGCCGCGCAGCGCACAUUACGUGAUUGCGUGCUUGGCCGCUCUUCGGGCCGGGGGCGCUUUUCUCGUUCUCGAACUGGCAUACCCUGCCGAUUUAUUGGCCGACGUCCUCGAGGAUGCCAAACCUGCUGUCGUGAUCACCCACCGGGCUGAAGCCGAUAAGAUCAAGGCCAAUCUUCCGUUGAUCGCACUGGACGAACCAGCCGCCGAUGUGAAUGGUCACGCCAAAGAGCCUGCUCCACUGCCAGCCGAGGAUGACUUGGACCGGCUGGCUUUUGUGUCUUAUUCGUCAGGAACGACAGGCAAACCCAAGGGCAUUGCCAACCCACACCGUGCGCCUGUGCUCUCAUAUAAUCUGAGAUUUGCGGUGCAAGACCUCCAGCCGGGGGACCGCGUGGCCUGCAAUGUGUUCUUUAUCUGGGAGAUCCUGCGGCCGCUGUUGCGCGGUGCCACCGUUGUCGCUGUGCCCGACGAAGCGAGCUAUGAUCCGGCUGCAUUGGUGGACCUGCUUGCCGCCAAGCGGAUCACUGAAACGCUCAUGACACCCACCCUCUUGGCUAUUGUUCUCGCUCGCUACCCGCAGAUUGCGACUCGUCUUCCGGACCUGCGAACGCUUUGGCUCAAUGGCGAAGUUGUGACAACGGAUCUCGCCCGUCGGGCCAUCAAGGCUCUCUCCAAUACCCGCCUGCUCAACUGCUACAGUGCCUGCGAGACCCAUGAGAUUGCGUGCGGAGAUAUCCGCGCGAUGAUCGACCCCGAGUCUGUUUACUGUCCAGUAGGUCCGCCACUGGAUCCUCGCCACACGUAUAUUCUGGACGAGGAGGGACAGGAGGUCGAGAUUGGGACAUCGGGAGAGCUUUUUAUCGGAGGUUCUCUGCUGGCUCGAGAAUACCUCAAUCUCCCCGAGGCUACUGCCAAGGCCUUUACGCCGAACAAGUUCGAUUCGACUCCCGGGGCUCUGAUGUACCGAACUGGUGAUCUGGCACGGAAGCUGCCUUCAGGACUCCUCGAGAUCACAGGUCGAGUGGGUGGCAUGAUCAAACUCCGGGGCUAUUCCGUCGUGCCGGCCAAAGUGGAAAGUGCCAUUUGCCAGUAUCUGGCUGUCAGACACUGCGCAGUGACUGCCCAUGGCGAGGGCCUGGAACGACAACUGGUCGCGUACAUUGUCGUUGACAAGGAGGCUUCUGGUGAUCGCCCGCUGGUUGAAGUCAACGAGUCAGGACAUAGCCCGGCCGCGCGCCGUAUCAUCGAGCCAUAUCUGGCCCACUACAUGAUUCCGGCGCUGUGGGUUUCAUUGGAGGAAUUGCCUACUAACGAGGUAUCCGGCAAGGUGGACCUUAAGAGCCUUCCUGUGCCUCGCAGCCCUAGCCCGAGUGACAGCGAGCAGAAUGCGAAAAAGGACCCGAUUGGCAUCUCCGAUAUUGCAGCGAUUUGGGCCACCGUGCUGCGAACGUCUAAGACCCUGCUGAAGCCCGAAGAUAACUUUUUUGACUUGGGAGGACACUCAUUGUCGCUGGCCGAGUUAUCGUCGAAGCUCACAAGACAUUUCGGCUUCCGUGUGCCGAUUCCUCGCCUAGCAGAAAAUACCACACUGACAGGCCAUCUGGACACUGUGCGUGCCGUCAGAGAUGGACACACUGCAGCUGUGCAAGCUGAUCUGCCGGCCGUUUUGCUUGCUGAUUCCACCCUGGAUGAUGAUAUCAAGCCGUCAAACACCACAAUCACCUCCGUCACAUCUGCCAAUACAGUACUUUUGACCGGUGUGACCGGCUUCCUUGGUGCUUUCCUAUUGAGUGAUUUAUUAGAAAACACAUCCGCUCAUAUUGUUUGUCUUGUGCGUUUCAAGGACCCAGAAGACGAUGACCAAGCUGGAGGAGUGGCUCGCAUUCGCAGGAACCUCUUGGACCUGGGACUCUGGCGCGACUCGGUCAUGGAGCGGGUCGAGGUCGUCCCAGGAAACCUUUCUCGACCUCUAUUUGGUCUAUCACCUGAAACAUUCGAUGACCUCGCAGCUCGUGUCGACGUGAUCGUGCAUGCUGCCGCCACGGUCAACCUUGUUUACCCCUACGCUGCGCUGCGGGGACCCAAUGUUGGUGGAACUCGCGAAGUUCUUCGCCUGGCGUCGAAGGGCGGCGCGACAGUACAGUACGUGUCUACCAACGGUGUUUUGCCAGCAUCGGAUGAGAAAGGCUGGCCCGAGAGUGCCAUGCUGGGCAUCGAGGACGUUCCUACAAAGUUGCUGGAUGGGUAUGGCCAAACCAAGUGGGUCGCUGAGCAGCUCGUCCUCAAGGCCGGUCAACGUGGGCUGCCAGUAAAGAUCCACCGCUGCGGCACCAUCAGCGGCCACAGCACCACGGGCUCAGCCAAUGCGUGGGAUCUCCUCACUGCAUUGCUGGUCGAGUCGAUCAAGCUUGGCUACGCCCCAGAUGUCGAGGGCUGGCGUGCAGAGAUGACCCCGGUGGACUUUGUCAGUAAAUCCAUCGUCCACCUUGCCACUCAGACUCAGACCGACCAAACGGUGUUCCAUCUCGGCGAUCCCGACCCGGUCAAUACUCGAUCUGUCUUUGAGAACCUGAAAGAACUUGGCUAUCCCACCCAGCUUCUCCCAUGGGAUGAGUGGGUGGCUCUUUGGUUUGAAAAGAGAGGUUCGACCAAGGGUGGCGAUGGUGCAUUCACUGUCGACAUUCUUCGCAGUGGCAUGCCGACUGUAGAGUUUCUUCGGGGUAUCGUGGUCCUCGAUAACUCCUUGACCAGGCCUGUCAGGGCGGUCAUCGAGCGACCCAAGGUGGAUACUAUUUUGCUGGAAACCUACACUCGGCAUUGGUUUGCUCGAGGAUGGCUCUCCCGGCCUCCAUCUAGCAAGCAUGCUCUCAAUCGCUCCUCCAAUCCCACUCCAAGACGCCCUCUUAGCGGACAAGUGGCUGUGGUUACGGGUGCUUCAUCCGGUAUUGGUGCAUCGGUAGCAACCGCCCUGGCCAGCAAGGGCUGCGCAGUAGCGCUCGGCGCUCGGCGCCAGGAUGCUUUGGAAUCCGUCAAGCGCAAGGUUGAAGCUCACGGUGUCAAGUGCAUCAUCCGAUCAACGGACGUCACAAGCAAGUCUCAGGCUGAAGCCCUCGUGAAGGCCGCCAGCGAGGAGCUGGGCCCGGUUGACAUUCUGGUUGCAUGCGCCGGCGUGAUGUAUUUCACGCUAAUGGCUAACACACAAACCGACGAGUGGGAGCGCACCGUCGACGUCAACUGCAAGGGCCUGUUGAACGCCCUGUCAUCCACUGUACCAGGCAUGCUCUCCCGCAGCCACGGCCACGUCGUCGCCAUUUCCUCCGACGCCGGCCGCAAGGUCUUCCCAGGAUUGGGCGUGUACUCGGCCAGCAAAUUCUUCGUCGAGGCUACCCUCCAAGCUCUCCGUUUGGAAACCGCCGGAACGGGCUUGCGCGUGACGAGCAUCCAGCCCGGUAAUACCUCCACUGACCUGCUGGGCAUGUCCACAGAUACCGAAGCCGUUGAGAAAUUCGGGGGUGCAUCUGGUGCCAAGAUCCUUGAUCCGUCAGAUGUGGCUAACUCGAUUGUCCAUGCUCUGUGCCAGCCGGAACAUGUUUCUGUCAAUGAGAUUCUGGUUGAGCCUCGCGAUGAGCCGAUUUAG